AUGCUGGCUGCCUCUGUCUUGUGUCUGACGCUGCUGCUCAGCUGCCUGGCCAUCCCCUGGCCUGCCCAGGCGGAGACCCUCUUCCACAGCCGGGACCGCUCCGACCUGGAACCAUCCCCACUGCGCAGGGCCAAGCCCAUCACCGACCUCCAUGCUGCUCAGAAGUUCUUGUCCAGAUACGGCUGGUCGGAGGGGCCUUCAGUCUGGGGUCUCAGCCCCAAGGAGCCAGCAGAGGCCCCUGCGGGCACCACCCUGGCCGAAGCUGUGCGCAGGUUCCAGAGGGUGAAUGCACUGCCAGCCAGCGGGGAGCUGGAUGCAGCCACACUGGCGGCCAUGAACAGGCCUCGCUGUGGUGUCCCUGACACCCAGCUGCCGGCCCUGUUGACCUCUCUAGGCCCACAGCCCAGGGCCCGACCAAAGCGUUUCCUACAAAUGCUGCUACCCAGGCCAGGGGGGCAGCAGGACGACUACUCAGACAGCGGGGCCCCCAGGGCCUUCUCCAAGAAGACCCUGACUUGGAGGCUGGUGGGCGAGGCCUACAGCAGCCAGCUCUCCGUGGACGAGCAGAGAUACAUCUUCAGACUGGCCUUCAGGAUGUGGAGUGAGGUGACGCCGCUGGACUUCCGGGAGGAUCUCACUGCUGCUGGGGCCACGGUGGACAUAAAACUGGGUUUUGGGAGAGGCCGGCACCUAGGCUGUCCUCGGGUGUUCGACGGAAGCGGGCAGGAGUUUGCACACGCCUGGCACCUGGGUGACAUUCACUUUGACGAUGAUGAGCACUUCACACCGCCCACCAGUGACACGGGCAUCGGCCUUCUCAAAGUGGCUGUCCAUGAAAUUGGCCAUGUCCUCGGCCUGCCACAUUCCUACAGGACAGGAUCCGUAAUGCAACCAAAUUAUAUUCCCCAGAAACCUGCGUUUGAGCUGGACUGGUCAGAUAGAAAAGCAAUUCAGAAACUGUACGGUUCGUGCCAGGGAUCAUUUGACACCGCAUUUGACUGGAUUCGCAAAGAGAGAAACCAGUACGGUGAGGUGAUGGUGAGGUUCAGCACCUACUUCUUCCGCAACGGCUGGUACUGGCUUUAUGAAAAUCGAAACAACAGGACCCGCUAUGGGGAUCCACUGCCGAUCCUCACCGGUUGGCACGGAAUCCCAGCACGAAAGAUCGAUGCGUUCGUUCACAUCUGGACGUGGAGAAGAGACGAACGUUAUUUUUUUAAAGGAAACCAAUACUGGAGAUACGACAGUGACAAGGACCAGGUCCACAUGGAUGAAGAAGGAAGAAGCUACCCCAAACUGAUUUCAGAAAGGUUUCCUGGAAUCCCCAGUCCCCUGGACACUGCCUUUUAUGACAGAAGGCAACAGCUAAUUUACUUCUUCAAGGCGUCCUUUGUAUUUGCAUUUGAUGUCAACAGAAACCAAGUACUUAAUUCUUAUCCAAAGAAGAUUACUGAAGUUUUUCCAGCAAUAACACCACAAAACCAUCCCUUCAGAAACAUAGAUUCAGCUUACUACUCCUAUGCACAUGGCUCCAUUUUCUUUUUCAAAGGAAAUGCCUAUUGGAAAGUAGUUAAUGACAAGGACAAACAAAAGAAUUCCUGGCUUCCUUCAAAUGGUGUAUUUCCAAAAAGGUCUAUUUCAGAGAAGUGGUUUGAUGUUUGUGACGUCCACACCUCCACACUGGACAUGUAA